AGCGCCAGGCUGGCACCCGAGGGGCACAAGCGGAGCUCGGGGUGUGCCCGCCCGGGGCGGGGCGGGGUCAGCGAGGUCCCGCCCCCGCGGGUAUAAGGGCGGCGGCGGCGGCGGCGGCGGCGGCGGGCGCGGGUCCCGCGGCGGCGAUGGCGCUGCGCUGCCUCCUGCUGCUGCUCUGCGGAGCCGCGCUGGGACCUGCCGUCCACCUCGACUUCGCCGAGCACCGCAGCCAGGCCGCCAAGAUCAAGGUCAACCCCCGCGGCAACCUCUGGGCCACAGGUCACUUCAUGGGGAAGAAGAGCGUCACAGGCUCCCCGCACCUGGAGACUCCGGAGGAGCCUGCAGUGCCAGUGGUCUUCGGUCCCUCUCUACGAGCCCUGCUGGAGGACAUGAUGGAACUGCUGACCCGGGAGCUCCUGAAAAUCCUCCUGCAAGAAAGACUAUUGGAUGAGAACCAAGGGAAAUAUGACCUCACUGACCAGGAGACAGGGCUUUUAACAAAGGUGCUGGAGAAAUACUUUUCAAACUGAGGAGGUGCAGCUGGGGACGAUGAGGUCUGCAAGGUCGGCUGUGCGUGAUGAACGCAGGACAGCAUCGUCCUUGGGGGUUUCUACAGCAACAUCACUUUUAUUUAUUCUCUCUGUGUAAUAUUGUUAAUAGUGAUGGUGUGUGUGAAAAGCGGAGCCUCCCUGUAUAGUUCCUGUAUGUUUUGUGUUUUCUUGACAUCUGAUGUGCCCCGUGAAUAAAACUGGCUCUUUGCACAGA